UUGUCAAACAUCACAACACAUAAUAAAAACCCAAAAAAAAAAGCAAAUCAAUAGAGUUUCUAGCACCAAUACACUCUAGCAGAUAGCAGAUCUUCGCUGCCGUAUUUAAGGAGCCUUUCUUGACUUAUUUCCGAAUCGACGCGUGGAGAACUGAAGAACAGCCCAAUGGAGCACAGAGUAGGUGACGACCCAGUACACUUGCAGCCAGCCGAGGUGCAAGCCGUCAACGUUAUCAAUGUGCGGCACGGCGACGGGGAUGGCGACGGCGAGAAUGGCUGGGAGCGGCAUCUGGAUGAUGUGCAGAUGGAGGAGAUGCGCCUGGCGAAUCCCCAAGUGGCCAUGCUGCUGGAUGCCCCGCACGAGCCGCCCAUUGAAUUGCACCACAUGCUGGAGCCGGUGAACGUGCCUGAACGGCCGCGCAAGAAACGCAGCUUUCUGACCAUCUCAAAGCCCUUUCUUGUGCAGCCGGAGAGGUGCGCUCUCAUUUCGAAUGGCUGGCGAGCAGUGCAGUGCGUCCCCCCGGAGAAGCGCGGCGAGUGCUUCGCCAACUAUCUGAUCAAGCAUAUGAAUAGCCGAAAUUAUCCGAAUGGCGAGGGAUUGCCCACGCGCUGGGGUCAGUUCUGAGCUCUCCGCUUGGCCUCUAUCAGUUUCUCGCACUGUUAUCAGAUACUCUGAAGAAAGUUAAAACGUCAAUAAACCUCUGAAAGCUAACCUA